GGUGUGGUGAGUUAGUGUCACAUGACACUAUGUGGGUGGAGUCAGAGAGAAGCCCAGAGACUCCAGCUGAGGCUCACACUGGAGGUUUGAGCCUGAGCAGGGACGAGCAGGAGGGGUCAGAGGUAAUUUCCAGCUACAGCAGCAGUAGCAGCAGCAGUAGCAUCAUGGCAGAGUCUGUUAUACAAGAGAUGCCCCCGGCCAUGUGCCUGGAGAAACCCAGCGUGGACUUUAGCUACGUGGGCAUCGAUGCCAUCCUGGAGCAGAUGAGGAGGAAGGCCAUGAAACAGGGCUUUGAGCUCAACAUCAUGGUAGUGGGUCAGAGUGGUUUGGGGAAGUCCACACUGAUGAACACGCUCUUCAAGUCAAAGGUGAGCCGUAAGUCUUUCCUGGGCACGGCUGAGGAAAAGAUCCCUAAAACCAUCGAGAUCAAGUCCAUCAGUCAUGAUGUCGAGGAGAAAGGAGUUCGAAUGAAGCUGACAGUCAUAGACACACCAGGGUUUGGCGACCAGAUCAAUAACGAGAAUUGUUGGCAGCCCAUAAUGAAAUUUAUCAAUGACCAGUAUGAGCAGUACUUGCAGGAAGAGAUCAAUAUUGACAGGAAGAAGAGGAUCCCAGACUCACGAGUGCACUGCUGCAUAUACUUCAUACCACCCACAGGACACUGUCUCAGGCCUUUGGAUGUGGAGUUUAUGAGACGUCUCAGCAAGGUGGUGAAUAUCGUUCCUGUCAUUGCUAAGGCUGACACCCUGACUCUGGAGGAGAGGGAUUUCUUCAAAAAGAAGAUCAGGGAAGAGCUUCGAGCCAAUGGGAUUGACGUCUAUCCACAGAAAGAGUUCGAUGAGGAUGCGGAGGACAGAACAAUCAAUGAGAAAAUAAGAGAGAUGAUUCCUUUUGCAGUAGUAGGGAGUGACCAGGAAUACCAGGUCAAUGGGAGAAGACUCUUGGGAAGGAAAACAAAAUGGGGAACUAUUGAAGUUGAGAAUAUUGCCCACUGUGAGUUUGCCUACCUGCGGGACCUCCUUAUAAGAACCCACAUGCAGAACAUUAAAGACAUCACCAGCAGCAUCCACUACGAGAUGUACCGCGUCCGCCGGCUCAACGAGAAUAACACUCAGGCAAACGGCCUCGGCGAGCACCAUCCGGCCUCCCACGAAAUCUAGCGCCCCGAAAUAAACAACCCCUACGCUCCUGUUCCUCACUCCUCUCCAAUCCCCAACCCUCCAUUCACCUUACACUCCUUUCCGCCCCCUUCAAUCAACCAUGGACCUGAGGUGAAGAGGUCCAUCAAGAGAAGCACAUAAUGACUUUACCUCCAAGCAACUCCAGCACAGUGCUCCUAAACCCUCAAGCCGCCUGCACGGGCACUGGAGGGGCGAAGAGGUCAAAAAUACAGCCGUUAAAGAGCUUCUCUAUAUACUGCAUGCGUUUGACUCACUCUGUUGAUGCUUCAGGUCUGUGCUUGCAGAAGUUGAUUACGAGGCAGUUUCUGAUUGGUCAAGCUGUGCAAAAAGCUCUUCACAUGCAGCAGCACUCUUCCUUUCGAUAUCGCCAUGAUUAUUUUACAGGAAAAUGCUCAGAACGCUCCUUUUAUGUGAUUCGUCGAAUGCUCUCUUAAUAUUUAUGCUUAAUUUUGAGCGAGACAGAUAAGAGACAAGGCCAAGUCAUCUUUUGAACCCAGAGCUAAAGUGGCAGCACCUUUUAAUAUCCAUUCCACUUUAUAAAACUACAGGAUAUCUGAUGUCUAUACAUAAAAAGGAAAUACUAGUUUCCUACAACAUUGUGGAGAACCUGGUGUGCCAUUGUUUCUGCAAAUUUGUUCAUGAAAUCUGUGCAAAUAAUUACAGGAAUAUUGACUCUGGACCCCCAGUACCAUAUAAAAACAUAGUGAUGAGGUUUGGGAGUUGUGUUGGAAAGAUUAUCCAAAUUGAAUAGUAUUUAUGUGGAUUAAAUGAGAUCGUCUCAUAAUUUAUACAGACGAUCUUAUUUAUUGCAGAAUGUGACCUGAACUGGACAGAGAAUAGCAAUGUCUUCAAUGUAUUUUAAUGAAUCGUUUAAUUGUGUGUAUAAUGUCCACCUGGUACACUGUUUUUAUCAGGCCAUGUUCAGUGCCAUUUAUCUUAAACCUUCCAGAACGCCUCGUUCUCUUCCAGUCAUGCUGAAUAUGUGGAAAUCUUGUCAGUUUAGGAGUCUUGUUUUUGUCUUAGCCUAGAGGAAAGGGCCUACAGGAGAGGAAACUUUAGGUGCCAAGAUGUCUGUGUGCCUUAAAGCUGCCUGCCACGUCUGAUGAGGAGCCACUUUUAACAACGGUGAAGUUCCUCAGGCUUUGUUCUUGUCUGCAAUACCCUUUAUUAAUGCUCGUCAUUGGGAAAAUAUCUUUUUGUACUGUGCUGUAUAUUCAUAGUGAUACAAUUUUUGUAUUGGUAUUCAGAGUAACACAAAUAACUUUGAUAUCCUGUUAUUUUAAGGAAAUAAAGAUUUAAAUGGUAAAUAAUUA